CUCUCCUCGUAGCUCUGUGACAGCACUAGUUUCAUUCACGCCGUCUGGUUCACGCAUUCAUAAUAACAUGGCUGCAUUAAUCAGGAGGAUCAUCAGCACAGCUAAAGCUCCCGCCGCUAUCGGCCCGUACAGCCAAGCGGUGCAGGUGGAUCGGACCGUGUACAUCUCGGGGCAGCUGGGGAUGAAUCCUGCCAGUGGACAGUUGGUGGACGGGGGUGUUCAGGCUCAAACCAGACAGGCUCUUGUGAAUAUGGGUGAAAUCCUGAAAGCUGCCGGGUGCGGCUAUGAGAACGUUGUCAAAACCACAGUCCUCUUAACUGACAUGAAUGACUUCACCAGCGUCAACGACAUUUACAAGCAGUUCUUCAGCAUCAACUACCCGGCCAGAGCUGCUUACCAGGUGGCUGCUCUCCCCAGAGCUGGCCUGGUUCAGAUCGAAGCAGUCGCCGUAUUGGGCCCUCUGACCGACGCUUCCUAACAACAAGUGCAUCUAUUAAAAAACAAAGCAAGAACUCUUAUUUUAUCUAAACGAGUGCCUUGUGAAGUCGUGUAAAGUGGAUCCUCUCUCGUUGAGGCUGGAUGAUUAAUUAUUACUCAAUCAUCAAAAAACUUCUUUCGUUUCAUUGAUGUGAACAAAACUAUUUCUGAGCAUAUAAUUGAUCAAAUAUAUUGAUAUAUUUAUAUUUAUAAAUAAUAAAUAUAUAUGUAAUAAUAUACAGGACUGUCUCAGAAAAUUAGAAUAUUGUGAUGAAGUUCUUUAUUUUCUGUAAUGCAAUUAAAAAAACAAAAAUGUCAUGCAUUCUGGAUUCAUUACAAAUCAACUGAAAUAUUGCAAGCCUUUUAUUCUGAUUUAUUGCUGAUUAUGGUUUACAGCUUAAGAAAACUCAAAUAUCCUAUCUCUAAAUAUUAGAAUAUCAUGAAAAAGUAUACUAGUAGGGUAUUAAACAAAUCACUUGAAUUGUCUAAUUAACUCGAAACACCUGCAAGGGUUUCCUGAGCCUUGACAAACACUCAGCUGUUAUAAAUCUUUUUUUUACUUGGUCUGAGGAAAUAUUAAAAUUUUAUGAGAUAGGAUUUUAGAGUUUUCUUAAGCUGUAAGCCAUAAUCAGCAAUAUUAAAAGAAUAAAAGGCUUGCAAUAUUUCAGUUGAUUUGUAAUGAAUCCAGAAUGCAUGACAUUUUUGUUUUUUAAAUUACAUUACAGAAAAUAAAGAACUUUAUCACAAUAUUCUAAUUUUCUGAGACAGUCCUGUAUAUAUAUAUAUAAUAAAUUUAUUAUUAUAUAUAUAUAUUUAUAAUAUAUUUUGAAAUUUCCCCACUGGGACGAAUAAAGGAAUAUCAUAUCAUAUAUCAAAUCUCAAA